UAGAAGAGUUUUGUGUAUUAAGAUCUAAAUGCUAUAGUUAUAUGUUUUCAAAUAAUAAAAAUGAAGUAAAAUGUAAAGGUAUUAAAAAAUGUUUAUUAAUGAACAAAAAUAUAAAAUUAGAUGAAUUAGAUGAAAAUACUAAAAAUAGAUACAUAAAAAUGGAAAAUUUUAAGAAAUGUUUAUUUGAAGAUAAAGAAGAGUAUAGAGAAAUGAAUUGUAUUGGAAGUUAUAAACAUGAAUUAUACACAAUAAGUUUGAAUAAAUUAGCUUUAAGUUCAAAAGAUGAAAAAAGAUACAUAUUAAAAGAUAAAAUAAAUACUUUACCAUGGGGUCAUAAAAAUAUAAAAUAAUAAAUAAUUUUUAAAAAAAUUUGGAGGAAUAAAUUUUUAAAAAAUAAUUUUUUAAUAAAAUGAUUUUUUUCAAAAAAUUCAAUAUUUCAUUCAUCGGAAUAUAUUAAUGAAGAGCUAUUUAGACCAAAUCCUAAUUUUCUUUUAGCCCACAUUGUAGGAGCAAUAACUAAAUCCAUAGCUCUUUCAUUUAAAGUAGCAUCUUUUGAAAAUAAACGAUUUAAAGCUUGAUCUUCUCAUUUUUUAUCAGCUAUCCAUCUUUGUUCUGGAGUUCUAUUAUUUGAAUAAAAUAUAUCAUGUUCCUUACAAAAUUCAUCAGUUGGAUUAAUUCCUUUAUCACCUCUUUUUAAUCUUUCUUCAAGUUUUGUUCCUGGACCACAGAAAUUUGCACCUGGAUAAUGGAACUCUAAAGGAAUAACUAUAAAAGGAUUAAUAAGUUAUAAUAAUGGGCAUAAACAAACAUUAAAUAAUACUGGAUUCAUUUCAAAAUUUACUGGUGGAAAAUUUGAAGUUCUAUGUACAUUAGGACAAUUAGGUUUAGGAUUUUUUGAUCAUCUAAGAUAUCCGAUGUAUAAAGGUGGUUUUGAAACAAUAUUCACUAGAGCUGAAGAUCAUGAUGCUAUCUUUAGAUGGAAAGAUACAACACAAGGAGCAAUUGAACCAUAAGAAGCAAGCCGAACAUCUGAGCCAGCAGCAAGUUGAAUACUUGGCUGCUAUUCCCAUCGAGGAAGGUGAUGCCGUUGCAGGCGAAGGCGACCUAGCCUGCAUCACCUGCAGAGUCCACAAGUGCUCCUACAUUACAGAGCCUUGUGGACAUUUUGUCAUGUGCAGGAGGUGCGUGACUGUACAUCGGCACUCGGUGAACGAGAAUGACGUGCCAUUACCAAUAGUGUUCCCUGUGUGCAGAAGCACCUUGUCAGGGUACCGACGGGUAUAUCAAUAAAGUUAUUCUACCGAGAAUGAGUUUGUUUUGCUUAAGUAAUCUUUCACCUAUGUAUUUCAAAGCCGCCAGAUGGGUCGCCGCCAACCUGUCUCUCCGACAACUAGUCUCCUCGCUAUUUUGAUCACAGGCGUCAGUAAAUCCCCUGGUAAAAUGUACCAUUGCCGUCAACUAGUCUCCCCGACAGUAAAUCCCCUAGUAGAACGAAGGAGCCUAGUUGUUGGCGACAACUAGGCUCCUCACACGCUCACGACAACUAGUCUCCCCGACAGUAAAUCCCCUGCUGGAUAGGCCUAUGAGGGGUCUGGUUGUUGUGAUCA